AUGGUAACAGUAGGCGAACGCUGCCAAGACGAGCAGAAUGACCAAGGUCAAAGAAAUGUCAGGGGCGCCAGAGGACAGAAAAGGCCUGCGGCUGACCUCGAGGACGCUGUAGACGAGAGGCUGCUACAAACAGAAGCCGAUGUCUGGGUUGUGGGCGACUCGAUCCCGUUCUGGGCCGGCGAACACGCAAAGGCGACCGGGAAGCCAAAUCUUGGUAUACCUAACAUAUCAAUUGCUUGGUGGGCUGUCAGAGGUCUUCGUUGGAGAGGUUUCAGACAUGCAGUUGAAACACAGGUCAUACUUUCAUCUCCACCUUCAAUAAUUUAUAUCAAUUUAGGCGGAAAUGACCUAGUUUAUGAAAAUACAUGUGAGUUAAGAAGAAUCAUUGAGAUAGAGAUCAAUUAUUUACGGGAAGCAUUCCCAGAUACAACAAUAGUCUGGGUAGAUAUACUGCAGAGGCAAAAUUGGCAAGGGGCAUUUGGCGGGAAAAAGCCAAUUGAAAAGAAAAGGAAACGCCUUAACCGCAUUGCGCGGAAAAUAGUAACCGAGUCCGGGAGAAGUGACGUCAUCAGCCCCGACAUUGACGCGGAAACAGCAUUUUUUAGAAACGACGGCGUUCAUUUAAAUCUCGUCGGACUGGAAUUCUACAUAGAUUACUUAAGGGAUUCAAUUAGGAAAUUAAUAUAAGUAAAACAAAUAGUAAACCUAAAAGCUGAAUCUUCCAUGUUAAAACCUCGUAUAUAGAAUGCACAUUUUACUAAAUAGAAUUUCGGGGGAUAAAUUGUUUCAAUUUAUCGUGGCGGAAAAUUCUAUAAACCG